GCUGCCAUCACGUGAUGGUGCAAAGUCUGUAUUGCUUAUAAUGCAAAAGUAAGCAACAUGGCUUACAUGAGGGAAAGGAUAGGAAAGCGAAUAUGCUUUUGUACAAAAAGGUGCGUAUUGCUGAAUAUAAUUGUUGGCUUAUUGGUGCUCUUUGUUGGAAUUCAAAUUCGUAUUGAUUUACAAGAAGCGUCCUUGUUUCGCAAGGUUAAACUUGUAAAAAAUAGCUGGUUUGAAAGGCAAUACGUUGGAAGCUGGAUACAGAAUAAAUUAUUGUCUUACAAAUGGGAAAGUUACGUCGAUACUUACUGCAAAAAAAGAAAGAGUUUAGCCAUGGGAAAAAGCUACACUAUGGAAGAUUACUUACAGUGGACUCAAAAGAUUGGCGAACAGUUAGGUUUUCAAGACGGACACUCGAUCUUUGACAAUGGUUGUGGCUGUGGAGCAUUUCUUUCGGCUUUUAACCUAACUUACAAAAAUGUAAAAGCCGGCGGUCUUGAUCUCAGUACCGGGGCAAUAAAGUUUACAAGAGAGAUAUUUCCUGAAAUGAAGGACAACUUCAAAGUAGGGACAGUUGAGGAUCUCUCUUUCGUCCAAGAUGCUUCGUAUGAUCAUUCAAUGACUUUUGGCACCUUUCCUUACGUAAGUCCCGAGAAACAAUGCAAAGCUGUGAAAGAAAUGCUUCGAAUCGUCAAACCUGGAGGAUCUUUGUACAUCGGCCACAAUCUCGAGUCAGAUUGCAAAGACAAGACCCAUAUUGGGAUUUUUACGCUAUCAUUGUGCUUUUGGAACGAGCAAUGCUUAAAGGAUCAUGAUGAUAUAAAAGAGAUUUAUUAUGUCAAAGAAAGAGAUCUGUUUGGAGUUUCAAGGUAUUGUCCUGAGAAAGGUGCUGUCUUUAUUCACAAGAAGGGCGACAAGGCGGUCAAAGUACCUGAACAUAGCUAUAGCUAUACCUGUAAUAGUAAAUACCCUCCUUCUGGUAGAGGGUCACUAGAAGUCACUAAUCCCGUGACAUAGAGGCGGUGGUUUUACUUGGCCAGUGAAACAAAUACUCAAUAAAAAGAAUUCUAAAGAUGCCAUGCGUGUAUCCCAAUACGGGUCAACAAUCUAAAGUUGGGGGCGACAUUGAAUAUUUCCCAGGGGAGUGCGGGGGCCGAUGUAAUAUUCACGUGUUGAUUGCAGUACACUGAUUGGCUAAUUCAAAGCUUUUAAUAUUCAUGAUUCUGUAACUGAUAUUCAUGAGUUCUGAAACUGAUAUUCAUGAUUCUGUAACUGAUAUUCAUGCAUGAGUUCUGUAACUGAUAUUCAUGAGUUGAUAUAGAUUUCAUUAAAAUCAGUUACACAACUGGGUUUCUUUAGUCCCCGUCCCACACGUACCCGCAAAUUUUUGUAUCCGCAAUUUUUUUUUUUUUUACGGAUACGGGU